AUGGAAACGCUGGAAGAAGCUAAACUCUGCUUUCCUCAACUCAACUCCUCCUGCAGGAAGACCAUGCGUCCUUACUCUGAAUCCAUGGUCACUUACAUCAUCCUGUCCUCCAUAUCUGUGCUCACUGUGACUCUCAACCUGUUGGUCAUCAUCUCCAUCUCACACUUCAAGCAGCUCCACACCCCCACCAACUUCAUCCUCCUCUCCCUGGCUGUUUCAGAUUUCUUUGUGGGCCUCCUCAUGGCCUUUCAAGUUGUCCUCAUAGACGGCUGCUGGUUCCUCGGUGACCUCAUGUGUGUUGUGUAUAAUGUUUUGGACUACAUUAUUACCUCGUCCUCAGUAGGAACCAUGGUGCUCAUAUCAGUUGACCGCUAUGUGGCUAUUUGUCAUCCUCUGCAUUACUCCACCGAAGUCACACAAAAAAGAGUUCAAGUCUGUAUUUGUCUGUGUUGGAUGUGUUCUGCAAUCUUUCACAGUCUGAUGCUGAAGGAUAACCUGAAACAACCAGGCAGGUAUAACUCCUGCAUUGGAGAAGAUGAAAGCAGCCAGGACUCUUGGUGCCAGGACACCAUACUCAAUGCUUCAACUGCUGCCUUUGUAAUAUGUUUGUUUUAUUUUAACUCCUGUCUAAACCCUGUGAUCUAUGCCUUUUUCUACUCCUGGUUUAGAGAAUCUGUCAAACUCAUUGUUACACUUAAAAUACUUCAGGCUGAUUCCUGUGAGACCAACAUGCUAUAG